AUGGCAGCUUGCACUGUGUACUCAACACAAUCUCUGAGCACAAAUUGCUCCAUCUCAACACCAUCAAAAACACAAUUGAGUUUUCACCAAAAGCAGGUAGUAUUCUACACCACGAGUAGGAGGAACAGCAAGAGGGGCAGCAACAGUGGCAGAAGCUAUGUGAUAACAUGUGCAGCAGGUGACCAACAGACAGUAGUGAUUGGUCUGGCUGCUGACUCAGGGUGUGGGAAAAGUACUUUCAUGAGAAGGCUGACCAGUGUGUUUGGAGGAGCAGCAGAACCACCAAAGGGUGGGAACCCUGAUUCCAACACUCUCAUCAGUGACACCACCACAGUCAUAUGCUUGGAUGAUUACCACUCACUGGAUAGAACUGGCAGAAAGGAGAAGGGAGUCACUGCCCUUGACCCAAGAGCCAAUGAUUUUGAUCUCAUGUAUGAGCAAGUUAAAGCUCUCAAGGAUGGAAUUUCUGUUGAAAAGCCAAUCUACAACCAUGUCACUGGUCUCUUGGAUCCCCCUGAGCUCAUUAAACCUCCCAAAAUCUUGGUCAUUGAAGGUUUGCACCCAAUGUUUGAUUCCCGAGUGAGAGACCUCUUGGACUUUAGCAUCUACCUAGACAUUAGCAAUGAGGUGAAAUUCGCUUGGAAAAUUCAGAGAGACAUGGCAGAGCGUGGACAUAGUCUUGAAAGCAUCAAGGCUAGCAUUGAAGCAAGAAAGCCUGAUUUUGAAGCAUUUAUUGACCCACAAAAGCAAUAUGCAGAUGCAGUUAUAGAAGUGUUGCCAACUCAACUCAUUCCAGAUGACAAUGAGGGUAAGAUUUUAAGAGUGAGGUUGAUACAGAAAGAGGGUGUUAAGUACUUCAGCCCAGUUUACUUGUUUGAUGAUGGCUCCACCAUUUCAUGGAUACCAUGUGGAAGAAAGCUUACAUGCUCCUACCCUGGAAUCAAAUUCUUCUAUGGACCAGAGACUUACUACGGAAAUGAGGUGUCAGUUGUAGAAAUGGAUGGACAAUUUGACAGAUUAGAUGAAUUAAUAUACGUUGAGAGCCACCUAAGCAACCUCUCUACCAAGUUCUAUGGAGAGGUUACUCAACAGAUGUUGAAGCAUGCUGAUUUCCCCGGCAGCAACAAUGGGACAGGUCUCUUCCAAACCAUAGUUGGUUUGAAGAUAAGAGAUCUAUAUGAACAGAUAAUAGUCAGCAAGGUUGAGACUCCAGUAGCUGGAAAAGCUUAG